GCCCUGUGUUACCAGGGGCCUCAAGACCCAGGUGAAGGGUAAGCUACAGGUGGGGAUCCAAGGGGUCUGCACGCAGAGGGGGUACCCAGGCCCCUUGGUUCCCCACCUUGGAGGAGGAGGAGGAGGAGGAGGCCUGAGAUGCGCCGCCUUCUCCGCAACGCCCCGCCCCCGCAGCGCCUACGCUGCCCUCUCCUGUUGUCUCUCCAUUGGCCGCAGCGCUCGCCAAUCCAGCCCCCUGGCCGUGAAGGGGGCGUGGCCGCGCGGUGCCGGGCCGGGGACCGCGUCUGUCGCCGCUGCGCGCUGCGGUGCGGGCGGCGGGACGAUGAAGCCGGGAGCGCGGCGCGUUCUGAUCCCGCUUGCUGUUCCUGCUGACACCUGAGCUGCGGCGGCGAUGCUGCAGAGGCCCUUUCAGCCCACGAGUCAACCUUCUUGAUUGUCAGCCAUGCCUUUGGUGAAGAGGAACAUCGAGCCCCGGCACCUGUGCCGUGGUGCCCUGCCAGAAGGAAUCACCAGUGAGCUAGAAUGUGUGACCAACAGCACGCUCGCCGCAAUCAUCCGCCAGCUAAGCAGUCUGAGCAAACAUGCAGAAGACAUAUUUGGUGAGUUAUUUAAUGAGGCUAACAACUUCUACAUCAGAGCAAAUUCCCUUCAAGACAGAAUCGAUCGGCUUGCUGUCAAAGUCACCCAGCUGGACUCCACAGUGGAGGAGGUCUCACUACAGGAUAUCAACAUGAAGAAAGCAUUCAAAAGCUCUACCAUCCAAGACCAGCAGGUGGUUUCCAAGAACAGCAUUCCCAACCCUGUUGCUGACAUUUAUAACCAGAGUGACAAACCUCCGCCGCUGAGCAUUCUGACACCGUACAGAGAUGACAAGAAGGAUGGGCUGAAGUUCUACACCGAUCCUUCUUACUUCUUUGACCUCUGGAAAGAAAAGAUGCUGCAGGACACAGAAGAUAAGAGGAAAGAGAAACGACGUCAGAAGGAGCAAAAGCGUGUAGAUGGCACCACCCGAGAGGUGAAAAAGGUUAGAAAAGCCAGAAACAGGCGCCAGGAGUGGAAUAUGAUGGCAUAUGACAAAGAGCUUAGGCCCGACAACAGGUUGUCUCAGAGUGUGCACCACGGAGCAUCCUCCGAGGGAUCUCUGUCCCCAGAUACUAGAUCUCACACAUCCGAUGUCACUGAUUAUUCUUAUCCUGCUACUCCCAACCACGCUUUGCAAGCACAGCCGGUGACACCUUCCUACACGGCUGGCGAUGCACCACUGCAUGGAACUACAAACCAAGGCGCUGAGCAUGAGUACCGACCCUCAUCUGCCUCGGCAAGGCACAUGGCCCUGAACAGACCUCAACAGCCACCGCCACCGCCUCCUCCCCAGGCCCCAGAGGGGUCCCAGGCCUCUACGUCCGUGGCUCCAGCCGACUACGGGAUGCUUCCAGCACAGAUAAUUGAAUACUACAAUCCCUCAGGACCGCCACCACCUCCCCCUCCGCCCAUAAUCCCUUCAGCACAAACUGCCUUUGUCAGCCCUCUCCAGAUCCCUGCGCAGCCCCCGUUCCCUGCCUCAGCCGGCUCCACAUACCCCACUCCCCCUCACCAGCCCUCCACUGGGCUCCUGGCCACGGCACCACCGCCCCCAGGCCCCCCACCUCCUCCACCUGGUCCUCCUUGUCCCUCCUCCCUGUCAUCCUCCCCAAUGCAUGGUCCCCCUGUGGCUGAGGCAAAGCGCCCAGAGCCUGCACAGCCACCCAUAAGUGAUGCAAGAAGCGACCUCCUGGCUGCCAUCCGAAUGGGAAUCCAACUGAAAAAGGUGCAGGAGCAACGAGAGCAGGAAGCCAAGCGGGAGCCUGUUGGGAAUGAUGUGGCCACCAUCUUGUCUAGACGCAUUGCUGUGGAGUACAGCGACUCAGAUGAUGACUCUGAGUUUGAUGAGAACGACUGGUCCGACUGAGUCACAAGGGCCAGGCGGCCAGUGGACAGCCAGGGCACCAUAUGCAAGUGUGUUAGGAGCUCUUGUGAUCUCUGCACCCUCACAGUGGUAUUACCCUGUAGCUUUAGUCCCUUUUGUAUUAACAGUGUGAUAUUGCUUCUGCACAUCCUUCUGGAUUUGUUGAGUAUUUACUGUGUAAUACUUAAGUGCCACUGAACACAGCACACCAUGCUGCACACCAGGAAACUGGCAGUAUCUAGUGCAUCAUCCUGAAAUAGCAUCUCGCUUCCCUCUCAGCCAUGAGAGUCCCCUCUCCUGUCCAUCCUGAUUUGAUGGGCUUGCCACAUGUCUGGGCAGCUGCCCUGUGUCAGCUCUUUGUAAGAUCAAUGGCUGUGUGUCUCAGUGAUGUCUUCCAGCCAGUGGGCGAUAUACUUUCCGGUUUUUUUCUUUUUGCAAAUCGAAUUCUAGAUGGACACAGUUGUAGAGGGGAAAGUUUAACAAAUCAGAAAGAGAUGUUUCUCUCUUUGCACACUGGGCCUGGUGGCCUCCAAGGACACGUGUACGCUUGUUUGCUUUCCUUAUCUUGGCCCUAGCAACAGAGAGCAUCCAUUUUUAUGAGGGGAACCCUGUGGGUACUCAUGUGGAAAGUGCUCACUGAUUUUUGUGGAUGGAGCUCACUUUCGUGGCUAGCCCUGAGAGCAUGGGCACGAGGUAGCCAGGCCAUGUCCAAGCUGCCAGAGUCUGCAGAACUUGCAUGGCAGAGCUACCACAUCUGGUUCCCUCCUACUCCACCCAGUGGAAAAGAGACCUACAUGUUUUAUUUCCUGAGAUUCCCUGCUCCUCUGUUCACCAGGGAGUGGGCAUAUUAGUUCAGCACCUCCCUCCCCUUGCUCUGAAUCAUGGAAGCUUGGGUUUAGCAGAGAGAUGCCACCAGCUGUUCAUGACCCAUGGUGCUGUGGCUGGAUUCACGCUCAGUCUCUCAAACAGGGCCACACCCCUCCUGAAGCACAGCUCUCUUCUCUCUUAUUGUUGGCACAUUUUCAAUUUUAAAAAGUACCUCACAAGAUAAACUUGAUUCAGCCAGUUGCCCUGGCAGAGACCCUGAUUCCCCCCUGCUGCCCUGACCCUUUUACCAAAUGGUGAUUCUACAGUCCUGGCUGAGGCAGGGGCUCAAAGUCCAGUGUCUGCUUUGCAAAUUCUGGAAGGACAACGGCUUACUUAAAUAAGUCAUUGUGGUGUCCCCAGGCUUGGGUUACAGGGAGGACCUUGUAGAGGGGCCAGGACACUGCCUUCCCUUAGGUGCAUAUUUAAAUGGCCUGCUGCUCUUAAUAUCUCUCACUUUUUAUGAAAAGAAAAAUUCAGAUCUGGGGUGAUAUUGUGUCAAUUGAUAGGGAAUGCCUGUGGGGUUAAUUAAAAGUGGUUUUUGCUCAUGAGUUUGGGGAUGUCACUUAGCCACCCACAUCGCCUGCUGUGUGUGUGGACUCCUGUUCACUUGGGCAGCUAUCCUGUAACACCUGCCAGUAGUAGGCUUUACUCAUGUCAAUCUGACAGUGAAAGCCCCAUCUUCAAGCCCCUCCCUAUGCCCUGCCUUGGCCUGUGUCUGAGUGCUCUGUGCUGCCCAAUGGUCGUCCCGGAGCCAGCACACACGUGGCCAUCGCUGUGACUUGCUAUCAUGUUGGUAAUUGUUGAGAAUCUUUUCCUUUCUUAUUUCUGUUUUUCAACACAGACCUACCAUGUUGGCAUCAUCCUCAUGACUGACACUUUGAGCCGUUUGUUAUCCUUCCAGGAGCUUGUCUCUGUUGUCCCUCCUAUCUCCCAUGUGCCCUGUAGAACCCCGAACUCACAUUUGGCAACACUUCUUUGUUUGGUAGGGUCCUUAUGCUCUCAGGGUGGAGGGAAGACAUUAAAGCUACCAGCCAUUGUCAGGAUUUCUUCUACUGAUACCACAUCAGAAUGAAACUAGUGGCUCCUUACUCACAAAUGUUCACAUGCUUAUCCAUGGUCGCUUGUCCCGUAGUUUCACCAACAAGUUAAAUUUAGUUUGAUUUUAUAGCUAAAGAGAAAGCUUUUGCCCAUUGCAUUCUGUAACCUUCAAAAGAAUGGGAAAUAUCUAAAAUCCAAUUCUGAUUAUUUUUAGAGAUUCUUUUUGGCAAAUUUGAUUUAAUCUAAAAUUUAAAUCCAAGUCACUUCAAUACUUUACAAAAUGAGAACAAAGUAAAAAGUUUAGAUUUUUGAUUUCCAUUUUUUUAAAAAAAAGUAUUUACUAAAACAGAGAACAGACUUUAGUAGCAUACUUGAUUUCUAUACAUUUCAUGCUUAUACUUAUAUCUACAGAUUUUAAGGUUGUUUUAUAUUAUCCCCAGUUUUAGUGUUCCAUAUGUAUUUUAGCUGAGUAUCCAAUAUGGUAUUUUCUCAUGGUAUAGACUCAGGCAGAUGGAUAGCUGAAGGGGUGGAUGGGUGGCUGGAUGGGUGGAUAGGUGGAUAGAUGACUGGAUGGGUUGGUACGUAGGUGAAUGGAUGAUAGGUUGGUGGAUGGUUGAGUGGAUUCAUGAUAGAUGGAUGAAUGAGUGGAUGGAUAAUAGUUUGGUGGGUGGGUAGGUAGAUGAGUGAAUAGAUAGAUAUAGAUCAGUGGGUGGACUGGAAAGUAGGUGGAUGAAUGGAUGGUAGAUAGAUAGAUUGCAGAUGGAUGCAUGAAUGGAUGAAUGCAUGCAUGGAUGAUAGGUGGACAGGUGGUGGAUAGAAGAUGCUGAGUCUGCACAUCAUUGCGCUGAGAAGGCAAAUGAGUGCAUUAUUAGCACCAAACCAGAGCUUCAGUACUUAGAUUUUAUUUACUAAGAUGCUAUUAGAAGAUGAAUGUUUUCAUCCCAGUACAUGUUUAACACAUCAAAUCACUUACGAGCAUAGGAUGACGAGGGGUGUGAAAGCUUUGUAAUAUUUUCAGCAGAAAUGCGUGAUACAUUUGAAUCCAUUGAAGUCUGGAGGGAGUGUAUCAGCCAGAGUAGCAAGGCGGUUUUGUUUAUUUGUUUGUUUGUUUUAUGAAGGAGAGUAUCUGUUAUCUUGCAGUAUUAUCAAUGCAGUUGUAAAUUGAAUCUAAAGUGGUAUUAAAAAACUGUCAAUUUUUAAUCUGUUUGUAUAUCUUACUAUAGAUCACAAGUAACAUCUAAAUAAAAUUACACGUGUAACCCUA